AUGGACAUCGGCUCUCAGACUACAAACACAACCGUACCGCGACCGCAACGACCCCUGUACGAUGUCACACUCAGAGUUAACACACAGACAAAUCUUGUUGCAGGGCAUCAUCUUGAAGUCUCGAUGAUGCUACCGGAGGCAUCUCAACCCAAAGUUCUGGUCGGAAUGGGCGAUGACUCAUUGGCUCCAGCAAGAAAUAAUUCAGAGGUUCCCGAAUUUGCGUCCAAAACUAUCGAACAGUCCCAAGUCACCGAGCCCGAGACCAAGGCCAUGACGGAAAAUUGCGAAAACCUCCGUGCCGCCAUCAGAAAGGAUCUACAGUCUGGUUGUUUCGAGAUACCGCCCCUAACCGUUCAGAAGAGUAAAGCCCGAACUCGCAACCUGGCGUGUUAUCAGUUCCCUCCAGCUGUGUUGCCAACCAGCCUCCCUUCACGACAACGACAACGGUUUAAUCGAUCGGCACUUCUCCCCGAUAGCAAUCUUCCAUUCUGUGCUCAGAUCAUGGAACAUGUGAAAGACUGGGCGGAAUGGGGAACAAGAAUUGCAGACGACCAAAGACGGAAGGAAGUCUUAGAUCAUGUCUUUGCUGUUCUGUCAAAGGCCUGGUUUGAGGCCUUGCGGCUUGGGUACAAUCCUGGCACGACCGACACCAGAAGGACGGCACCACAAGGGCCAGCCAGGCGCUCUGCACAUCGUGGAGAAGAAAUUCCUGCUGGUUUACCGCGCGGAAGGCCUCGCUCAAAACGAGAGACAAGCCCCUCCAAAAAGCCCAUCUUGGUCGCGAGUCACAGAGACGGUCCUGCUUGGGCAAUCACAGAAGGAGAACUGGAAGAAGCUGGCAUCUCCGAAGGUCAAAUACGAAGACGGGCAGCCGCAAAAAACACUCUGGAGGUUGGCGACAAACUUUUGGAUGAAAUCCUCAAUGAGUAUCAUGGAAAGAUCCAAACAACUGACUGGUUCAGGAUCAUGGAUAUCACAUAUCUAAAUCCUAAGGGACGAGAUCUCAUGAUCUACUGCCUCUACGAGGUGCUGAGGAUACGGAGCAAUAUUGAGCAGCUAUGGAAGUAUUACAACUCCUUCACGACACCCAGGCAGAAAAAUAACACUAAGAGACGCAUCGAUGACGAGCAAGAACGCCAAAAUCUAUUCAUGGCUCUAGCAUUAGAGCUCAACGAAGGAAAGACUUCGCCAGGAGACCCAACGGCCUCUAAUAUCCCGACCAGUCGAGAAGGAUCAGUGGUCGUUCCGCAAACGACAGCUGCAAAUGAAACAGUUCAGCCGAAUCAAUUCGAUACCCUUGUUCAACUGAUCGAUACGAUCGUUGACGGGACUGAUAUUGCUUCUAUUAAUUCCAGCUUUGAGUUCUUUGAGAUUUCGGAGGAUGACCUUGUCACUGACGUUUUCAUCGAAGAGACGUCAAACAGUCUCAACCGGUGCAAGCACAUUUUAAAUGAUUUGCUGUUUUUGGCACGAGAGUGGCUCAGGUUGUCAAAGAACGCAGAGCCGCCUAUCGAGCUGGAUACAAACGUCGAUUUGCGUGCACAGGUUCAGAACGCAGAGCUGGAGAUACUCGAGAGAAAAAAUCUACUCAGGAACCUUCUUCCUUCGCUAAUCGUUGAGCGGGAGGCGACCAGGAAAAUUGACAACGAAGACGGCGCCUCGACUGAAGUACAUUCGCCUGUCUCUAACAAUCGCGUUCCAACAGAUGAUAAGUCAGUGACUGAAGCCGCAAGUCCAGCACCGUCCAAGAAUAUCGUCAAGCACCAUCUCGACCUCGAUGAUGGAGAGGUUCCAUUGCCACCUACGAAAAGGCAAAAACCUAAUCAUGAAGCAGGCCAUCUAGGCAGCCCACUUGCCGCACUCGGCGAUGGGCAGGUCAGCCGCAACCUCCAUGAGAGCGGCAAGUCAAAUAUCGAGAACAAGUCGGAUGUCUCCGGGGCCCGUCAUUCGAGUCAAGCAAGCAAGGAAACAUGCCGCAGUCUUCUGGUCGGACUUCGCGUGCCAUCCCACUUCAAGCCAACGGAUUUCACAAGCAAAAGAAUCUUCUCCCAUCCCAAAGGUUUCAAAUACCGGUAUACAAACGAAUCAAACUUCGCUCAGCGGAGGUCAAUGAGAGAAGAUCUGGAGACUUAUGUGGGAUUUUCGAUGACAAAGGGAAAAAACCAGGACCCUGACUUGCGGUUUGGGAAGUACCACGCCUUUACUGAUCAUCGGGGGGGCAAGGGCACGAUGGUCAUCCAUGGUAUUUGGGACUUGGAGGACGGAAACCAGCCAGAGGGAUUCGAAUGGUUCUACAAAGGCGAUGGUACACGUCCGUCCGAACAGAAGAAGGUAUCGCCGCUUCAAGAGGCAGAAGUCGAAGAAGAAGUCCUGCCAAUCCCACCGCCAUCUAAGAAGUCCGUUGUUGUUUUAAAAUUGAAGAAUGGCAUACGCUUGAGACAAGAAAGCGACUCUUGCUCGAUAACCGGUGACGCCCACGGCACGGCCAUCGACUCCCAAAGCAAGAACAAGACAGGCCCAAGAGACAAGAACAAGAACAAAGGCCAGGACCGAUAUGUGCGUUUCACUGCGGAACCGCCAGCGGCUGUGCACACAGAUUACAAAGAAUCGGCACCGAUCAGUCGACCGAAACGAAGAGCCGCUGCAAGAAAGUCUUAUGUGGAUGAUGAAGAUGAUUACGUCCCUUCAGAGUAA